AUGAGUGACAGCGAGGAUUUCGAUGUGGAGGGCCCAAGUCUAGCCAAGGACGACCCUAUGCGAGCAUUCCUCCCCGAGUCUUUCGGCAAGAAAGGCAAAGAAGCGAAUAUCGCGGCCCAGAUUGAUAGAAGUCGACGAACAGUUGAUCAAAAACAAGCCAAAAAGGUGCAGGAUGAUGCCGUAUCAAAGCAGUCAAAGCCACAUUCUGACGGCAGCAGCGCGGACGAUUCUGAUAACGACUCCGACGACUCCGACGACGAUGAGGAUGAAUACCCAGUCUCCCAUGAGCUCGUUCUCAAGACGCACGAAAAGGCCGUCACUACGGUAUCUUUGGACCCCGCCGGCUCGCGCCUCGGCACGGGAUCGCUCGACUGUACUAUCAAGCUUCACGAUUUCGCCUCGAUGACGCCGACCACGCUACGCGCAUUCAAGAGUGUCGACCCUUGGGAGACCAAAAAGUCCGCCGCCUCGGCAGAGUCACACCCGAUAAAUCAAAUAUUGUUCAGCCCCCUCUCUGGCGGCCACUUCCUGUGCAUCACAGCGCAUCCACAGGCAAAAGUCAUGUCAAGAGACGGCGACAUCCUAGCCGAGUUUGUUAAAGGCGACAUGUAUCUCAGAGAUAUGCACAACACCAAGGGGCAUGUAGGUGAGGUGUCGGCUGGUGCCUGGAGCCCUACAGACAGGAACCUGUGUGUCACGGCAGGCUCCGAUAGUACGCUACGGAUAUGGGACAUCAAUAAUAAGAGGUCGCAAAAGGACAUCAUUGUCUUCAAAUCCAAGGCCGCGGGUGCCGCAGGCCGUUCCAGGAUGACUGCGGUCGCUUGGUCAUCUCCACUUCAGGGAGGCAACAACGCUCUAGUAACCGCAGCACUUGAUGGUACCCUUCUCAUGUACAGUGGCGACGGCCCCUUCACUCGGCCAGCAGCCGAAGUACAGUCUGCACACAAGCCAGAUACAUGGACCAGCGGAAUCGACAUCAGUGCAGACGGCCGAAUGAUUGUCACAAGAGGCGGCGACGAUCUAAUCAAGCUGUGGGAUUCUCGUAAGCUCAAGGUGCCAGUCGUUACAGCUUCUCACACUUCUACGUCGGAUUCUUUCCGCAUGACCAAUAUCAAGUAUUCUCCAAACUCAACCAGCAUUCUCACGGGAUCGGCGAAUGGUGACCUUCACAUCUUGAAUCCUGGAACUCUUCGACCGGAUUUGGUGACACCCGUCACACCAGGAUCUCCUCUGAUAGCUGUGGACUGGCACGAUAAACUGAACCAGAUCGUCACUGGCUCCGCCAACGCCGAAAUACAUGUGCUCUAUAACCCAACCAUGUCCUCGCGCGGUGCGGUGGAUGUCAUGAAGCGCGCGCCGAAAAAGAGGCACAUUGAUGAUAACCCUGCCUUGACCAUGGAUCAGAGUGUCGGAAUCUCAGGUGACUCUAUCAUCACGCCCGGUGCCAUGGGCAGCCGUCGGGGUGGUGUAACGGCUUCAGGGCGUUCUUUAGAUCCCAGGAGACCGCAGGUUCCAAAGGUGACUCCAUUUGGGAGAAGUCAACCGGACGAGAAGCAUGUCGAAGAAAACAUUCCUCUCAGUCGUAUGCUUCACGAAGAUCCCCGAGAGGCUCUGCUCAAAUAUGCGGAAGUUGCUGCCAAGGACCCUAUGUUUACAAACGCAUGGAAAGACACCCAGCCGGUCACACAGUACGCGGAGCAAAGCGACGAAGAAGUUGACGAAGGCCCGGAGCGGAAGAAACUCAAAAAAUGA